GUUACGGAAUUUUUAAAACCUUAGGGGUGGUUAUUGUAAUUAAUCCGUCCCAAAAUUUAAGCGUUUUUGAAAACCCCAACAAAACCCUCCACGAAACGGAAAAACCCUGUUUCUUUUCCUGUUAACUGAGAGCGUGCCUGUGUUGAUUCGUUUGAAGUAUAGAAAUCAGAAAGCUGAAAAAUGGAAGAAGAAACUCAGAAGAUACAAAUAUACUCCACUUGUAAUACUGGAGUUUCCUCUUACUGGAGAGACAAGUAUGAAAGAGAGGCUAAAAAGUAUUGGGAUGUGUUCUACAAACGGCAUCAAGACAAAUUUUUUAAAGAUCGGCAUUACUUGGACAAAGAAUGGGGUCACUAUUUCACUGGAGCUGGGAGAAAAGACAUUCUAGAGAUUGGCUGUGGAGCUGGAAAUACUAUAUUUCCUUUGAUUGCUACAUACCCGGAUAUUUUUGUUCAUGCAUGUGACUUUUCACCACGUGCUGUUAACUUGGUCAAGACACACAAAGAAUUCACUGAGACUCGUGUUAGCGCGUUCGUUUGCGACCUGACAGCUGAUGACCUGAGCAAGCAGAUUUCUCCAUCAUCAAUCGACAUUGUAACCAUGAUUUUUGUGUUAUCUGCAGUGUCCCCUGAGAAUAUGCCUUUAGUCUUGCAGAACAUUAGAAAAGUUCUUAAGCCAGGUGGUUACGUGCUGUUUCGUGACUAUGCAAUUGGUGACCUUGCUCAGGAAAGAUUAACAGGCAAGGAUCAGAAAAUCAGUGAGAAUUUCUACGUCAGAGGUGAUGGCACGCGCGCUUUCUAUUUUUCUAAUGAUUUCUUGACAAGUUUGUUUAAAAAAAAUGGAUUUGAUGUUGAAGAAUUUGGUUUAUGCUGCAAACAAGUUGAGAACCGAUCGCGGGAGUUAGUGAUGAAUCGACGUUGGGUCCAAGCUGUAUUCCGCUUUUCGGAUGGCAUGAACUCCUCUUUUUGUGAGGAAACUUCAGGCAAGGCGAACCUAAUUGGUCAAGAGGUUGUGGACCCACAUGCUGCUGAGAGUGAUUUGAAGGGGCCUGUCAACAAUUUUGAGGUUGAUAUAUCCGACGGUCUGGCUUUUGAUAUGUUUGGAAUUUCACCAUCUGAGGAUAAGGAGAUGAUUGAGGUCAACCUGAAAGGGUGCAGUUUUAAGAUUAAAGUACUGUCGAAAGAGUACCAACACACCUGCAAAUCUACUGGCUUGAUGUUGUGGGAAUCAGCUCGUUUGAUGGCUGCCGUCCUAGCAAGGAAUCCAACCAUUGUUGCAGGGAAAAGGGUUUUAGAGUUGGGGUCUGGCUGUGCGGGCAUCUGCUCUAUGGCUGCUGUUGGCUCAGCUGACCUUGUGGUAGCCACAGAUGGAGAUAGAAAAGCACUUGACCUGUUGAGCGAAAAUGUCACCUCAAACCUUAGACCACCAGUCCUGGGCAAGCUUAUUUCAAAGAGACUAGAGUGGGGAAAUAGAGACCAUAUAGAAGCCAUUAAGGAUGAAAAUAUUGGAGGUUUUGAAGUCAUUUUGGGCACUGAUGUCACUUUCGUUGCUGAAGCUAUAUUGCCUCUAUUUGCAACUGCAAAAGAGUUGAUUUCUCCUUCGAAUAAAGGCACUGGAGAGGAGGAUCAACAGCCGGCAUUAAUUCUGUGUCAUGUCUUUCGCAGAGUCGAUGAACCAUCUAUACUUUCAGCUGCAUCACGAUAUGGUUUUAGGCUUGUCGACAAGUGGCCGACAGGAAAUCCUGCAUAUCCAUCUAAAAGCAUCAUCAGCUCUUGGUUCGGCAAGGAUGAUUCCGAAAAUCAUAUCCCAUGUUCAGCAUUAAAUAUCAUGUACUUCCAGGUAGAGUGAAGUCAUUCAAGAUAUUGAAUCUUUUAUCAAAAUAUCGCCCCUAUUUAAAGUUGUGUAUGGUACAUUCACCAUGAUAUUUCAAGUUGAUUUAAUUAUUCAGAGCACAGUGGUUCUGCCAUGUAAAAAUUUUUUUGUAACUUGAGCUUCUUCCAUAUGAUUAUUUAAGGUUUGUUGGAUCCUCAAUUGGGAGCUCUAAA